AUGCUCCCACAGGUCAUUCGGAUUCUGUAUGUCUUGUCUUUCUGCUUUUUCCAAGGAGGCUUUAUCAGACUGAGCUCCUGUAAGGAGGAGAUAAAGCCCCCCGGCAGGGCAGGACCACAGCUGUCACCUUCUGACUUCCUGGACAAGCUCAUGGGGAAGACGUCAGGAUAUGAUGCCCGCAUCAGACCCAACUUCAAAGGCCCACCUGUAAAUGUCACCUGUAAUAUUUUCAUCAACAGCUUUGGGUCCAUCACAGAAACUACAAUGGACUACAGGCUCAACGUAUUUCUACGGCAAAAAUGGAAUGACCCUCGCCUGGCGUACAGCGAAUACCCAGACGACUCCCUUGAUCUGGAUCCAUCCAUGUUGGACUCAAUCUGGAAACCUGAUUUAUUCUUUGCAAACGAGAAAGGGGCCAAUUUCCACGAGGUCACCACCGACAACAAGCUGCUACGGAUUUUCCAAGAUGGCAGCGUUCUGUACAGCAUCAGGCUGACUCUUACCCUGUCCUGCCCUAUGGACUUGAAGAAUUUCCCAAUGGACAUUCAGACCUGUACCAUGCAGCUUGAAAGCUUUGGUUACACCAUGAAUGACUUGAUCUUUGAGUGGCUGUCUGAGAACCCCGUACAGGUGGCUGAUGAUCUCACCCUCCCCCAGUUUGUGCUAAAGGAGGAGAAGGAUUUGGGCUACUGCACUAAGUAUUACAACACAGGUAAAUUCACCUGCAUCGAGGUGAAGUUCCACUUGGAACGCCAAAUGGGCUACUACUUGAUCCAGAUGUACAUCCCUUCCCUCCUCAUCGUCAUCCUCUCGUGGGUGUCUUUCUGGAUAAACAUGGACGCUGCACCAGCCAGAGUGGGUCUGGGCAUCACCACUGUACUGACGAUGACCACGCAGAGUUCUGGUUCAAGAGCCUCACUGCCCAAGGUGUCCUAUGUGAAGGCCAUUGACAUUUGGAUGGCGGUGUGCCUUCUGUUUGUGUUUGCUGCCCUGCUGGAGUACGCAGCGGUUAACUUUGUCUCAAGGCAACACAAGGAGUUCAUCAGGCUGAGGAAAAAGCAGCGGCAGCAGAGAAUAGAGGAGGAACUGGUGAGGGAGAGCCGCGGUUUUUACUUCCGGGGUUACGGGCUGGGUCACUGCCUGCAGAACAAAGACGGUGCCGCUGUGGAGGGGGCCACUGUGUUCACCCCCCCGCCUCCAGUUACCAUGUACGACGGAGAGGUACUUCACAAGCGUUUCGUGGACCGGGCCAAGCGCAUUGACACCAUAUCCAGAGCCGUCUUCCCCUUGAGCUUCCUCAUAUUCAACAUCUUCUACUGGAUCACCUACAAAGUGCUGCGACACGAGGACAUCCACGCAAAUUUGUAA